AAGCGACCACCUUGAUUUUAUCCCUUUUUUAUCUAACCCUGCUGUGGUACCAUAUAAUUAGGAUAUAUAAACGAAAUCCCACUAAGUCCUUCUUUUUUUUUCUCUCUCUUUUUUUAUUAUUCACUCAUAUUAAACAUGAUAACAGAAGGGAAACUACAUGCUAUUGCUGGUUCAAAGCAAAUAAACAUUGAUGAAGCCAUUGAAAGGAAUUGGGAGUUUCCAACAUUUACAAUAAAAGAAAUCCGCGAUGCCAUCCCAUCCCACUGCUUUCGGCGUGAUACACAGAGGUCCCUAAGCUAUCUCUUUCAUGAUAUUGCAUUGAUUGUUUUAUUAGGGAUACUUGCUAGCUAUAUUGACACAUUCAAGUCUGUCAUUGUGCGCAGCUCCCUGUGGAUAAUGUAUUGGAUUGCACAAAGCAAUGUCGCGUUCGGCGCUUGGGUCUUAGGUCAUGAAUGUGGUCAUCAAGCUUUCAGUCCGUCCAAGGCCAUUAAUCAUAGCGUAGGAUUUGUGCUUCACACUGCGUUACUAACACCCUAUCAUUCAUGGAGAUUUUCUCAUUCUAAACAUCAUAAAGGUCUGGGACAUAUGACAAAAGAUCAGGCGCAUAUUCCACCCACUAGAUCUGAAGUAGGUUUACCUGCCCUUGAUAAAGAUCCUCAAGCAGAUGGACCGCAUGACCACUUUGAUGAGACGCCGAUCAAGACGCUCUUAUGCCUAAUUCGAAUCCAUAUUAUUGGAUGGCCGGUGUAUCUUUUAACGCAUGAAACAGGACACAAAACAGGUGGCUGGAAAUCGCAUUUCAACCCCAACUGCGAUAUUUUCGAAAAGAGCCAAUUUCGAAAGGUGGUGGGAUCCAUCAUUGGUAUUGUGGCAAUGAUCGGACUUUUAAUAGGAUGUGGACAAUCCUUUGGAUCACUUGCUGUCAUCCGAUAUUAUGUUUUACCUUAUUUGGGAGUCAACGGCUUGCUGGUUCUGGUCACGUAUCUACAACACACCGAUCCUAAACUACCACGGUAUCGAGACAAUGUCUGGAGUUUUCAGCGUGGGGCUGCAUUGACGAUGGAUAGGUCAUAUGGAUUUCUCUUAAACCAUUUACAUCAUCAUAUUGCGGAUACACAUGUUGUACAUCAUUUCUUUUCCAUGAUGCCUCACUAUCAUGCUCAAGAAGCUACUCUUCAUAUCAAAAAGGCCUUGGGUAAGCAUUACAUGUAUGACAAUACACCUGUACCACUGGCUUUAUGGAAAGUGUGGACACAAUGUCGUUUUGUUGAAGAUGAAGGGGAUGUUGUCUUUUAUAAAAAUUAAGUAUUUUCGUGUAGUAAUAAAAUGCAUUUUCUAUUCUUUGUUUUUUUUAGUCAUUCUCAGUUAAACGUUGUACAGACAUGUUUUAACUUUUUUUUUUCUGUGGUAC